AUGACAGUUGCACCUCAGGAGCCUGUUUUAUUUACUGGAACAAUGAGGAAAAAUCUGGAUCCCUUUAACGAUCAUAUGGAUGUGGAACUGUGGAAUGUCUUAGAAGAGGUGCAACUUAGAGAAGCCAUUGAAGGUCUCCCUGGUAAAAUGAAUACUGAAUUAGCAGAAUCUGGAUUGAACUUGAGUUCUGGACAGAGACAAUUGGUGUGUCUUGCCAGGGCUAUCCUCAGGGAAAAUCGGAUAUUGAUUAUUGACAAAGCCACAUCGAAUGUGGAUCCAAGAACUGAUGAGUUAAUAAAAAAAAAAAUUCGUGAGAAAUUUGCCCAGUGCACUGUGCUAACCAUCGCACACAGGUUGAACAAUGUCAUUGACUGCACACAGAUAAUGGUUUUGGAUUCAGGGAGACUGAAAGAAUAUGGUAACCCAUAUGGUUUGCUGCAAAAUAGAGACAAACUAUUUUAUAAGAUGGUACAACAACUGGGUGAGACCGAGGCUGCUGCCCUCACAAAGGGCAAAACAGGUGCACUCUGA